ACGGCAACGUUUACUGUUGUUGCCUCCUUAAUGACCUGGACUCAGGCUCAGAGCCACUGCAGAAGCCACUACACUGACCUGGCCAGCGUGAAAAGCUCCACUGACAACGACAAGAUAAAGGCAAUUAAGCCCGCGGAGGAAGCCGUUUGGCUCGGGCUAUUCAGAGACCAGUGGAAGUGGUCCAAUGGAUCCCCGUUGGCAUACACUUACUGGGUGUCCGGACAACCCAAUGGUCCCACUGAGAGCUGUGCUGCCACCCACUUUGACCAGUCUGGAGGCUGGGUGGACUGGAAAUGUCACGAGACUAAAGCUUUCAUCUGCUUCCAUGAUGUUCCUUCUUCAAACCAUGUGGUGAAGAUAAAGCUGGCGGGGAGCUCCACUGUGAACCUGCAGGAUGCUGCUGUGCAGGAAGGCCUGCUGAACCAGCUCAAAGAGAAGCUGCAGAUGCAGGGAGUGACUGCAGACAUCAGACUGGGCUGGAAGCGGCGGCGGGAUGGAAACGUCUUCUACCAGGAGAAGCAGGACGACCAGAACUGAAGCUUGGAGACGGUGGAAAGAAAGUCUGGUUCAAUAAGAACCCAAAACAAUCUUUCAGUGCAAAUUAGAUAUUAUCUACGUAUAGAUGACUUUAUGCAUGGUUACAGGGAUUAUAGCGGCUAACCCUUUGGGCCC